AUGGCGCUGGAGCGGCACGCGGUCAAAAUGGAGGGCGCCACGUGUGAGCUGGGGUCUCGCGUGAUCCAAGAGCAGAAAACCUCGCAGCGAGGGUCAGGGCGGGGUCAACACAGCAAACACCAUCUUGCAAUCAAGGAAUCGAGCCUGCAGCAUAAGCCUUCCUCCUCACACUCCUCCUUGGGCCCAAGCAGAUUCACCAUGCCUCGUCAUCACAAGAGCAAACGUCAUGCUAAUAAGAAAUGCCCACAGGCCGGACGUGGCAAGCAGGGUGUUGAGGUGGCCCAGGAGGCAGUAGCACCCACAGCAGAAGGAGCUGCUGCUGAAGUAGAAGCCGCAGCUGCAGCAGUACCAGAAACAGCAACACCUGCACCAGCAGCUAAAGCAGAGGCAACAGAAGUAGAAGCCAAAGCUGCAAGCGGAGAAAAACCAGAAGAGGAAAAGGGGUCUUCUUUUGUCCAGAGCCCAACAGGUGCUGCUUCUUGUAGCCCUCCCCUGACACCUGGGAGGAAAUCACCAUCUGCUGGUGCUCUCUCUGCUAAUGGCUCUGUUGUCAAUUCUGAUCCCGGUUCCAGUUGUAAGUAUGAGGAGUGCCUUUUUAGGGCCAGUCACUGCAGUGACUAUGUGUCUGAUAACCCCCGGUGCCCUAUUGAGAAGUUGGAGUGGUUCAUACUCAACAGAUUUAAUUCGAAGCAGCCCAUUACCUGGUUACAGAUGAUGAUGUCGGUGGACCAAAAAUACAGACAUGAAUUACCUCAGAUUUUCAAGAGUGCCCGUGAGCACCUAGAGAUGAUCUUUGCAGUUGAAGUGAAAGUAGUGGAUUCUACCCGUCACUCCUACAACCUUUUCAGCAUGCUGAGUCUCCCCAACAAUGGGAGGAUUCACCCUGGCAGGGGCUACCCUAAGACUGGGCUGCUGAUGAAAAUCCUUGCUGUGAUCCUCAUGAAAGAUCACCGUGCUUCUGAAGAAGACAUCUGGAAAUUCCUGAAAAAGAUACAAGUGUAUCCCGGCAAGAAGCACAUCUUUUUUGGAAAUACCAAGCGGCUUCUCACCAAUGAUUUUGUGAGACUAAAAUACCUGGAGUACCAGCAGGUGCCUGGCAGUAUUCCUCCAUGCCAUGAGUUUACGUGGGGUCCUCAAGCCCAAGCCGCGACCAGCAAAGAAAAAAUCAUGAAAUAUUUCACCAGCAUCAAAAAGAUCUCCUGUUACUUCUACCCAGUGUUCCCUGAACCUGACAUUGCUCCUGUGGUGAUGUUUCAUGCAAACAGAGUCCUUUCGAGGACAGGAGCCCUUUUCCCUUGA